UUCCUGGUGUGGAGCCGAACGCGGCUUCCCGCCCCGCCCCUUGCGUUGCCAUGGAGAGUGGCUAAAGCCCGCCUGAGGCAGCGCCCUGGGCCUGGUGUCCUCUGGCGGGGUUCGCGUGGACGAUGUUGAGCCUCACGGAGCUUCCUCAAAAGACCGCAGACUUUGCGGAGAUGCGGUCCGGGCCCCUGGGUCGCUGCAGUCACUUUUUUUGGCUGGGCGUCGCCUUCGACACGGUGGGUGUGGCAGUGUUGUUCACUGGCGUCUUCGCCAACUUGCUGUUCUACGACAUGCUGCUCUAUUUGGGUUCCAUCAUCGUCUUCGUCAGUCUCCUGUGGUGGAUCUCCUGGUACACCGGCAACAUCGAGGCGCUCCCGGAAGACCCCUUGAGGGAGACUUCGCACCGCGACGGCGGGGUGCACCGCAGCGGCAGCCAUCGCUUCUCGCUGACCCUCAGGAGCGUCUCCAACACUUUUCAGCGCAUCCGCCGGCGGCGGCGGCGCCGACUCCACCCGCGGGUCGUCCAGAGGACCAGUAGCAUCAGCUCCACCGACCCGGGCCGGCUGGAAAGGAGCCGCGACGCCAGAACCGCGGGCGGCAGAGCGUUGUUACGGCCAGGGAAGCUCGAGUCUGUUCUGAACCAGUUUAGCGGAGUCCAGGCCUCUAAGAGCCUGCCUCUGGUCCUUGCCCAUACCCCUCUUUCCAUCUGUACUUCUAGGAGCCAACCUGUCUUUUCGGUGACCUCACAGAGCUACCCUCUGGCGUCUGACAGCAAUUCUCAGAUGGCUUUGUCCUCUGACAGCCAUGUGCCUGUGGAUUCUCUUCAUCCUCAGCAGCGCUCUAGGAUCAGCGUGGCCUCUCGGAGCUACCCUCUGCAACGGGCAGAAAGUCAGAGCCACCUCCUGGUGCCCAUGUCCUCUGGAAGUUUCUCUAUGAUCUCUCAGAGACACCUCCAGUCCUCAGACAGCUAUGUGUCUGUCCCUGUGGACCCUUACUUUCAGGAGCGCUCUGAGAUCAGCGCGGCCUCUCGAAGCUACCCCCUGGAACGGGUAGAAAGUCAGAGCCAUCUCCUGGUGCUCUCUGACAGUUUAUCUAUGGUACCCAUGACCUCUCAGAGCGAAAUCCAGCCCUCUGUAUCCUCUGAAAGCUUUGUAUCUGUGGACCCUUACUUUCAGGGGCACUCUAAAAUCAGUAUGGCCUCUCGGAUCUACCCUCUGGAACGGGCAGAAAGUCAGAGCCACCUCAUAGUGCCCGUGCCCUCUGACACUUUGUCUAUGAUACCUGUGACCUCUCAGAGCCAAAUCCGGCCCUCUAUAUCUUCUGAAAGCUGUGUGCCUGUGGACACUCAGUCUCAAGAGCGCUCUAAAAUCAGCGUGGCCUCUCAGAUCUACCCUCUGGAACGGGUAGAAAGCCAGAGCCACCUCCUAGUACCCAGGCCCUCUGACAGUUUCCCUAUGGUACCCAUGACCUCUCAGAGCCAAAUCCAGGGAUCUCUAGCCCAACAAAGCCAUCUCCAGAAUCUUCCUCCUACUUCUCAAAUUCCUGAAACUGAUAAAACUUCUAAGACCCAUACUUUGGCCAAGGGGGUUCCUGUGGUGCCACCUGGGUCUGCCCAGGCCUCUUUAACCCAGACUUCUCAAAGACCUUCAUCUGCCCAGAAGGUUCCUAAGAACUAAAAUGCUGAAGCUUUGGAGACUCUCCCAGCACCCAGCUUGAAACUAACUCAGGAGCAUCCUGACCCUUCAUCACCUGUCAGUAAGGCCAUAGAUUCAGACACUCAAUAGUGUGACAGUUCUGGAAACCCUUCAGCCUUGGGGACAGUGAGGAAAAGUCACUCUAAUAGGAAUCAGACAUGAGCCAUUUGAAUGUCUACUAAAGCCUUUGCCAAGUUAGAGGAUGGAGCCAGAGGAAUGCUAUUCUUUUAGGAAGCCAUAAGGUCUGGAGAUGUGUGGAGGAUUUGGAUUGUGUAAGGGUUCUCUUGGAAGAAGACAGCUUUAAUUUGUACAUGGACAUAACGCCAAGUGACACUGAAUCUUAGUGAGGAAGUAAUUUCAAUGUAUUUGACUUUUGUCAGAGAGGUUGCCUUUUAUUGGAGGCAGUGCCCUUCCAAAUGCCUUUUAAAGCUCAAGGCAAAUCCUAUCCAUUAAUCUUCAUAUUCAUACACUUUUCAGUGAGUCACUUCUACUUAAUGCCAAGUGAUAUUAAUUUCCUGUUUACAGCAGUGAUUGUUGCUGUUUAAAUAAAUCAUCGAAAUAAAACAUUUGUACAAUGUAAAGGUAAGCUUUGAAUGCAUAAGAAAAGUUGGAUGGCUCUAAAGUGAACGUGUUGCACCUGAGCUAGCUAGUUCACUUUCUCUCCUCCUCUUUCUCUCUCCUCUCCCCUCUCCUCUGCCUCCCAAAUCCUGGCAUUAAAGGUAUGCCCUUUCUAUUAACAGAGACCUCAUGUAGACCAGGCUGGGCUCAGACCCUGAUCCUUCUACUUCCGUAGUGGCAGGAUUACAAGUAUGCACUGUCACCCUCAUCUGAGCUUUCUUUUUCUUUACCUUUUUUUUUGGGAUGGGGUGUGUGUGUGGGGGGGUCUGAUGCCCAUGGACAGAAGAGGGCAUAUGAUCUUCUGGAAAUGGAGUUAGACAGCUGUGAGCCUCCAUGUGGGUGCUGGGAAUCAAACCUGGGUCCUCUGGAAGAGCAGCCUGUGCUCUUAACUGGGCACCAAUCUCUCUAGCCCCAUAUACAUAUAUAAAUAUAUAUACACAUAUAUACAUAUAUACAUGUAUAUAUUACAUUUAGUUCAAUAAUGGAAAGAACUGAAUAUUAGGCAGCAGUUAUUAUUUUCUUACAACUUUCUUCAAAAUUCCUUUAAGAAAUGUAUGUUUCUCUUCUCUAGAAAUAUAUAUUCUGUGAAUCUUUUAUUAUUUGAGAUGAGUCUCUAUUUAGCCUUGGGUAUCCUAGAACUCACUAUGCAGACCAGACUGGGCUUGAACUCACAGAGUUUUAUAAAUCUUUACAGGCAUUUUGGCCUCUUGAAUUUUAUACAGUUUGAACAACUGAAUUAUAUAAAUAACAUUUAAUUUAUAAAUAAAUAUAUUUAUAAAUAUAUAAAAUAUGUCCAAUUACUUAUGUUUCUAUCGAAAGAGAGAGAAGCUGGGCAUGGUAACAUAUGCUUAUAAUCCUAACAUUUGGGUUGCAGAGGCGGGAUGAGUGUUGAAAGUUCAAGGUCAAUCAAGGCAACCUGUCUCAAGAAACAAAAAUUAAAAAGUUAGGGGGUUGGGCUCUAGUGGAGUGGCUCAGUGACAGUGCUUGCUUGUCUGAUACAAUAGUGUGUGUGUGAGUGUGUGUGUGUGUGUGUGUGUGUGUGUAAAACUAUGAGCAAAACUAAUUUUAAAAGGGAAAGGCUGGGUUGAAUGUGUUGGUGCACACCUAUAAUCUCAGCAUUCAUGAGGUAGAGGAAGACAUCAUCUCUAAAAUUUGGAUGCCAGCCUGGUCCACAAAAGCAGGUUCUAGGCCAUCAGGGCUUCAUAGCGAGACUCUCUCAAAAACAGAAGAAAACCAGGACUUUAGCAUGUUGUAGGAUUUUCCCUGUCCAAUUACACUAGGGCAUCAGGAGGCGGAGCUAAGAGUUGCAGAGACAGAGUCUCAGAGGAGAAGGGAGAAGGGAGAAGGUCAAGAUGGGAGGCAGAAGUGAAGCAGCGUGGCUUUACCCAGCCAUAGGUAGUUAUGAUAUAAGUUCAGAAUAAUUGGGAUAAAGCUCUUAUCAUUAUCAGUUGGUUCUGAAAUUACUGUAUUGGGAUCUUGUAAAUUGAGAAUGUAUUGAUACAUAAAUCUGAUUAUUAUAAGCUUCAAGAGUUUUGUUUUUACCGUGUAGCUGGGUGUUGUGGUGGCUGGCCGUGGGGUGGACGGUUGUUGUGUGGCAGUGAGAGGAACUUGGAACUCAGGCCCUGCCAGAGCGUUGCUGGGUAGAGACAGAGCUGGUGGGACUGAGACAGGUGGAGAGUUGCUGGCCCAUGUGCAGGAACAAACGUGCUGGCCCUUUUUUGAUAUUUCCUGCAACAUUAGUGUUACUUCAAAUGGCUACUUCCCGCCUCCUUUCUUUGAUGCAGCUAGUUCCUAUUAUCUAAGUGAGUCUUAGACGUUAGACGCUAAAUACCAGGGACAAGAUAAACAUGAGAAUAAAAAGAUGCAGAUCUUGCCAACAGAAAUGUUGUAGUUUUUGUUUUCUGAAUCCAAACGAUAAUUAUGAGGAUGCCUGAAGUCAGCCUUUUGACAGGAGGAGCCUCUCAUGCCCUCUAAAUAAUUAGCUCACCCGCCAAACGCUGGUGUUCUUUGUAGCUGGUGCCAGGCAUUGCCGUGGGUUCUGAGUCAGUGUGUUUGACAAGUUCCUUACUUGUCAGGGACUUCCAACCAACAGGAGGCACAGACACUGAAAUAACUCCUACAGUGUAAUACAGUGUACACUAUCCAGUAUGUAAUGCAAUGUAACACAGUCAAUACUGUAAACAGGAUGCAAGACAGUGUAAUACAGUAUAACACCAGUGAGGGCUGUGUGAGGGGUGUUUGAAAUGGAUCCAAAAGUCGAUGUUCACUUGGGGAAGACCAUGGAUGAGACCAUGGAAAAAGGAAAGAAGCUCUUUAAAAAAUAGUAGAGAGGAGGGCCUGGAGAGCUCAGCAGAGAACGUGACGCCCACUUCUGGCCCUGGUGGGUACAAACACACACAGGACAUAGAACAGGUACAAAUACACAUGCACAUAAAUACUUUUUUUUAAAUUGUGGUUUUUUUGGAGGCCAGGCAGCAGUGGGCUUACAUCUUUAUUCCAUGCACAGGGUAGGCAGAGUUAGAGGGGUUGUUUUGUUUUGUUUUGGUUUGGUUUUGGUUUUGGUUUUCAAGACAGGGUUUCUCUGUGUAGCCCUGGCUGUCCUGGAACUCACUCUGUAGACAAGGCUGGCCUUGAACUCAGAAAUCCUCUUGCCUCUGCCUCCCAAGUGCUGGGAUUAAAGGCGUGUGCCACCACCGCCUGGCUAGAGUUUUAACAAAAGAAAGCAAAAAUAGGAAAGAAAUGGGGGAAAAAAUCUGUUCCUUAUCCAGUAGACCAUGAGAAUCUUUGUGUUUCAUUUGUUUGAUAGCCUCAGUUUGUAUCAUCUUUGAAAAAACACACAUGUAUUUAUUAAUAAUAAUAGCUAUUGAAUGUUUAUAAUGCACAAGAGGUGACUCAGGCAUUUAUCACAGUUGGACACUGUUAUCUCCACUUAAAUGAUGGUUUGACAUUAAGAGAUUAAAU